AUGGAAGCUAUCGUUAUCGAUGACAGUCCCCUCGCCGAUUACUUCGAAGGCGAGGGCGAUGGUUCACCCAAACCUUUUAAAAAGGAGCGCGACUCUUCGGAAUUGUCCAGUCCUUCAUUUGCACCACGAGGCAUGCCGAAGUCUCGUUUGAAGUUCCGACAAAAGCUGCCUCCUCCUUUACAAUUAGCGAUUCCUCCAAACAAAGCCGUUGAAAUUAUACACGAUACCUGUUCUAAAGCUGUCAAUUCCAGACUGGGUAGAGCAGACAAUGCUAGAUUUCUGGAAAGAUUUAGAUAUUUGAUAGUUGCCUCACAGCUUCUCAAUGCCCACUCUCAAUUAGGCCAGGCUCCUUCCGGUAGAUCGAAAGACAUCUCUAUACCUAUACCAGACACUUCUGGACUCGCGACCCUCACACAUGAGGGAGUAGCUUUAACCAGCUCUUUUGCAUUUGGACUUGCGUGGACCGUAAAUUGGGUAAGAGGAGAUCAUGCUAUUGGUCAAACUCUGGUAUACUUUGGUGUGCUAGGUUUGUUGGGAAUUAUCGCCUAUGGGUACGUUCGUAGACAGUGGCUUCAAUACCUGCGGCAACAGAAUCUACGGGACAUUACGAGCUUGGUCGCAAAGUCACACGAGUUGGAUUCUGCCGCUUCAGGGGCCCUGAGUCUAGUACAGGAGGUAGAACUUGUUGCCCGUGGUUAUAAAAUCAGCACUCCUCUACCACCAGUAAGUCGGCUUGACGACCGCAGCCAGACAAGAAGAUGCGCCCGACUCCGGAAACAACUACGCCUUUGUUUUGCUGAGACUAUCCCACGAUAUAAUCAGGCCUAUAUAGCGAUUAAACCUUACGCGCAAGACAUGGACUUGGAGAAGUAUUAUGACAUAUACGAUAUUAGCGACGUAGAUUUUACGGAAGCUAUGUUGGGUUACAGCGAGGACGAAUUUGACGAUAAUGAGUCGGUUCGUGUGUUGAAGAUCCUCGCAGCACGAUUCUACAUGAGCAGAAAGAUUCUCUUGUGCUGUUUUAUGGCGUUGGAUGCACAAGGCGGUAAGUCGGAUUUGAUACGGUGGAAUAUGGCUUCAGAGGAAAUGCGAGCAGUCACGUUGGUGACAAGCGAAGCAGAGGACCGCUUACACCGCAUUCUUAGCGAGGAAGAAAGCUUUCCAGUUCCUCCAACGCCAAAGAUGCCGCUCACACCAAACCGCGAACGUUGGAGAGCCCAGUUGAGAAAGCUGAAUUCGCUUUCCAGCGGUAUCAGAGGCUUGCAGGCAAAGCUCCAUGUGCUCAGAGAUGAGUCAGACAAAAAUCUAAACGAAACAGAAGACGUUUCUGAACUUGGAACCACUCUUAUGAUGCAGUACGAAUCGAUUGGCAUCGAUCUAAAGGCACUGAUGCAGGAGUGGGAAGACGGAAAGAACGCUCUUGCAGUUAACAUUGAUCGAAACGAACGGCGAGUGUCUUCCAUGAGCGGCAUGCUUUCGCCUACGAUCUCGCUAGGUGGUCUUACUGCAGUUGACGAAGGCAGUGCGCUUGAUGCUCUCAAGGCCUUGAAUGGCGAAAUACCCUCUCGAUCAAGCAUGGAGUUGAGCUCCUCAGAUGCUGAAGAAGUAUUUGAGGCUAUCGCUCUUCCGCCUGGGCGACAAAGAAGUACCCUUACCAGAGACGAACGAAUCGCAAAAAUGAAAGAAGAUCGAGUUCGAAGAGAGUCAACGAAGGACAGAGCUGAAGCUAGCACUCGUAUGCUAAGGGAGCUAGAAUCGGUCAUAAACAUGAGACCAAGAGGAAAGACGCAGCCCGCGCGAAGAAUCACGUCGAUAUGA